UUCCUUAAUGAUCCUGGUUAUUUUUGUGUUUUGCAGCAUUUCUCUGUUGAGGGUCAACUGGAGUUCCGGGCUUUGCUAUUUGUCCCCAAAAGAGCUCCUUUCGAUAUGUUUGAGAAUAAGAAGAAAAAGAACAACAUCAAGUUGUAUGUACGCAGAGUGUUUAUCAUGGACAACUGUGAAGACUUAAUCCCAGAAUACUUGAACUUCAUCAAGGGUGUUGUAGAUUCUGAAGAUUUACCUCUGAACAUUUCUCGUGAGACUUUGCAACAGAGCAAGAUCUUGAAAGUGAUUAGGAAACAUUUAGUAAAGAAAUGCAUUGAGUUGUUUGACUCAGUUGCUGAGAGCAACAAAGAUGAAUACAAGAAGUUUUAUGAACAAUUUUCUAAGAAUUUGAAGCUUGGUAUUCAUGAAGAUCACACAAAUAGGAAAAAAUUGGCUGAUUUCCUCCGUUAUCACACCUCCAGCUCUGGGGAUGAGAUGUCUUCUCUGAAAGAUUAUGUGUCCCGCAUGAAGGAGAACCAGAAACACAUCUAUUACAUAACAGGUGAGACCAAGGAUGCUGUCAAGAACUCUGCCUUUGUUGAGAAAGUAAAGAAAUCUGGCUGUGAAGUGGUCUAUAUGGUAGAUCCAAUUGAUGAAUAUGCUGCUCAACAAUUGAAGGAGUAUGAUGGCAAACAGCUGGUGUGUGUUACCAAAGAGGGUUUGGAACUUCCUGACGAUG